CGAACGCUCACACGCAUCCCAAACACGUCUGAAUCAACCUGAAAAUUAAAAUCGGUGUUACAGUCCGACAAUAUUUGAUACCACUAGACUGUAGUAGCGCUCUCAAGUUGACAAAAACCUGCUAUAGCCACCAAAUCCCAAAACAAAAAUAGCAAUAUGGUCCGUGAAGCAUCAGCUACGGCGCGCAGUUUCAUAGCAGCCACUAACAAUGAGGCCACAAAACAGAGUACACUCUCAACACCCAGCAGGAGAAAUCGGGCUGUGAGUGUGAACAAUCAAACUAUCGGCAACUAUAGGUUGCAGAAAACCGUGGGGCGCGGUAACUUCGCUAAGGUCAAACUGGGCGUUCAUAUUCUCACCGGAGAAGAGGUAGCUGUAAAGUGUAUCGACAAAACAACACUCAGCCCAACUACCCUCUCCAAACUGUUCCGUGAGGUGCGAAUUAUGAAAAUGCUCGAACACCCAAACAUCAUCAAGUUAUACGAAGUAAUUGAUACUCCCAAUGUGCUGUAUCUGGUGAUGGAGUUCUGCAGCGGCGGGGAGCUUUUCGAUUACCUCGUGGCCCAUGGAAAGAUGAAAGAAAAAGAGGCCAGACAGAAAUUUCGACAGAUCGUCAGUGCUGUACAGUACUGCCACUCAAAGCACGUCAUCCAUCGUGACUUGAAGGCCGAGAAUCUGUUACUUGACAAGGACAUGAACAUUAAAAUUGCUGAUUUUGGCUUCGGAAACACCUACACGCCCGGUGGUGUGCUGGAUACCUUCUGUGGCAGUCCUCCAUACGCUGCCCCUGAGCUGUUCCAGGGUAUUGUCUACGAAGGACCUGAAGUUGACAUCUGGAGUCUGGGAGUUAUUCUCUACACGGUGGUCAGUGGUUCUCUGCCAUUCGAUGGAAGCAGCAUUAAGGAACUGCGUGAGAAGGUCAUUCAGGGCAAAUACCGUAUUCCGUUUUACAUGUCUACCGAAUGCGAGUCAUAUUUGAAGCUGUUCCUCAAUAAGGAGCCAUCAAAGCGUGCUUCCAUUAACGAGAUCAUGAAUGACAAGUGGCUCAACACUGGAUUUGACACGCCCCUCGUGCCAUAUGUGGAGGCCAAUGAAACUGAGCUCGACGACGAAGAACGAUUCCAGAUCAUGGAAAGUCUUGGGUUCACAAUUGAGGAAAUCAAGGAGUCGCUCCUAUCCGGCAAGUACGACUACGUCACGUCUACUUAUCUACUGCUGGGUACGCGUAAGCGAAUGAACAAGAACCAGUUUGACGCAGAUGUCAAAGCCAUCCAGGAAGCAAAGAAAUCCAAGCAACUGAGAGGUCUAAGUGAGGACCUCGAGUCGAUGGGCAUUGGAAGCAGGAACAAUAAAAAUCAGACGGCUCCAAAUACGCCACUAUCCCGCCGCGCGAACCCGUCCGCUAUGCAGCCUAUCUCGCAGGAUCAUCAUCGUACGGCUGUACGUACACCCUCAACUGCACCGAAUACUCCUGGAUCCUCCAGACGCCGCCACACGGUCAGCACCAAGGAUACAGAUCAAGCCACGCAGGCAAUGGUCAUCGCCAACUCCCGGCACACACCCAAGUUGGACAACAAAUAUGGCGCCAAGACCGCAGGCGGUCAAUCGCCCAUGGUCAAGCGUCUGGACAGUAUCCGCAAGCAGGAGGGAGGAGCAGUACCACAGGUACUCAGCAAGGAGGUCAAGUCAGGCUCACAGUCGAGCGCGGUUGCAGCCAGAAACCGGAACCGUUGCAGUACAGUGGGUGCGGGUGCAGCCCCUCCAGUACCAGAGAACAUCAUUCAAAACCAGACAACGAAGGACACCAACGCAGCACGCAGCUCCAACCUCCGAGACUCAAACGAUGGCCUCGGUUUCAGACCUGCGGCCAAGCCGGCCGAAGCAGUGCUUCCCAGAUCAGGGCCCCGCACGCUUCGCUUCACGUUCAACAUGAAGUCCACAUCAUCCAAGGAUGCCGAUUUGAUGGUGACGGAUCUCGAGACGUUGCUGAAAAACAUGUACAUCAACUACGAGAAACCGGAGCCUUAUCUACUCAUCUGCACACACGCUACGUGCCAGUGGGAGAUGGAGGUGUGCAAGCUGCCUCGCUUGUCACUCAACGGUGUACGAUUCAAGCGUAUCUCAGGCAACCCCGUCAACUACAAGGCCAUCGUAUCCAGUGUCUUCGACGGUGUUGAGUUCUAAACUCUUCGAUCAUUGCUUGAUGAUAAUUUUGGCUCAAUAAGUUAAGGGGGUGAAGUACAGCUACAUGCAAAUAAGACCAUGUGACCUGGUGUGCACCAUGAGUAUUGGUAGCUAAACCUUAAAGAUGACAAUAACUUUGAAUAGGUCUACAAAUCGUAAGUUUCAGACUACGGAUGUGCAGUGAUGAUAGCCGGAGAAGCACCAUCGUUGCCGAACUGAGACGUUCAACUAAAGUGUCACGACACAGUGAGAACUGAAUAGACAUACAAGUCUGUAGUGACAGGCGCCUUCAACACUGUGUGAAGAUAAGUUUGUAGAGGGCUUAUUAAAUAAAAACCGCG